AUGCCUCAAGUCCGCAAUCCCAUCCUGCCCGGCUUCAACCCCGACCCCUCCAUCUUGAGGGUCGGCGAGGACUACUACAUCGCCACGUCGACCUUUGAGUGGUGGCCUGGCGUCCAGAUCCACCACUCCAAGGACCUCGCCAACUGGGAGCUCGUUGUGCGACCUCUAACCCGCAAGUCCCAGGCCGACUUGCGAGGCGAUCCGGACAGCUGCGGCAUCUGGGCGCCCUGCCUGACCCAUGACGGCGACAAAUUCUGGCUCGUCUACACAGACGUCAAGCGCAAGGACGGCUCCUUCAAGGACACGCACAACUACAUUAUCCACGCGCCCGCGAUCGAGGGUCCCUGGUCGGACCCCGUGUAUGCCGACUCAUCCGGCUUCGACCCCUCGCUCUUCCACGACGAGGAUGGUCGCAAGUGGUUCAGCAACAUGAUGUGGGACCACCGUCGUCGUCCUCACCUGUUCACCGGCAUUGCUUUGCAGGAGUUCGAUCCCAAGGCCGGCAAGCUCGUGGGCCCCCGCAAGAACAUUUUCCCCGGCUCAGACCUGGCCUUUGUCGAGGGACCGCACAUGUACAAGCGUAAUGGGUGGUAUUAUCUUCUGACAGCCGAGGGCGGUACGGGCUACAGCCACGCAGCCACCCUCGCUCGUUCGCGUGACAUCUGGGGUCCGUAUGAACUGCAUCCCCAGAAGCACAUUGUCACUUCCAAGGACGCGCCGCUCGCAGCGCUUCAGCGCGCUGGCCACGGUGAUAUUGUCGACACGCCCGAUGGCAGGACGUACAUUGUUCACCUCACAGGUCGCCCUGUUGGCCAGAAGCGACGAUGCGUCCUGGGUCGCGAGACAGCCAUCCAGGAAGCCUACUGGGGCGACGACGACUGGCUAUACGUGAAGAAUGGCCCUGUUCCAUCGCUUUACGUCGACGUUCCCGGCACGCGCGACGACACCGACUACUGGUCUGAGAAGAGGUAUACAUUCGAGAAUGGGCUGCACAAGGACUUUCAGUGGCUGCGAACACCAGAGCCCGAGCGCAUCUUCUCCACCGAGGGUGGUAAGUUGACACUCAUCGGUCGCGAGUCCCUCGGCUCGUGGUUCGAGCAGGCUCUUGUUGCUAGGCGCCAGACACAUUUCUCCUUUGACGCCGAGACGACAAUCUCCUACGCGCCAGACGACGAGAGACAGUUUGCGGGUCUGACCGUCUACUACUGCCGCUACAACUUCUUCUACCUCACCGUGACGGCGCACACGGACGGCCAGAGGGAGCUGCUCAUCAUGAGCUCCGAGGCGUCAUGGCCAGGUGGCAAGCUCGAGAGCCCAGGUCCAGCGGCCAAGCAGAUCCCCAACGACGGGAAAGUCAGGCUGGCGGUGACUGUGCGUGGGGCGGCGCUGCAGUUCUGGUACGCGCUCGAGGGCAAGGAGCUCGAGAAGUUUGGACCCGUGUUCGAUGCGACGAUUGUGUCGGACGAGUGUGGCGGACACCAGGUCGACGGCAGCUUCACGGGCUCCUUUGUUGGUGUCGCUGCGUCGGACUGCAAUGGGCUGGCCAAGUCGGCUCAGUUUGACUACAUCACAUACCGACCCGUGGAGCACGAGUCGGAUCGAUACGAGCCACGUAGGGAGUAG